AUGUCCAAGCUCUCAAAUGACACAGGCAGCAACGGCCUACAACUGCCAGACUUUGAGUCUUUCAAUAAGCAGCAGAAAGAAAGAUUGGAGGAGCUUACGACAGAGUUACUGGACAAUUUGAGGAAGCUUUCAGGCCCAACCUUCGAAAGCAAUAUCUUAGAGAACGAGGAGAUACAGAGACGGCUGUUACGCCGACUGCAGGUCAUGAUCGACCACCAAUCCAAGGUGCCAGAUGGACCUCAGGACAAACUCGGUCCUUGGGCCAGCGGUUUCUUUAGUGAAAUCGCAGAUCCGCUAUUUGACAAGUUCUAUGGCAUAAAGGCUGAAGACCCGACAGUGGUCCCUCUAGCUGAAAUUGCCUUUCGCGAGCGCUGUGACAAGCUAAGAGCGUCAAUUUACAACCUGAACACUUCUGCUCCGUUUGUGUGUGGAGGCCUGAUCCCUAUUGAAGAUAGAGAUACGCCCUCUACGUCUCUAGGGGAUAACUCGGUAUCUCCUGCUGUGACAGUCUUCUAA